GUUAAAGGAAAUGUGUCUGUGACGUGGAGGUGAAAUUAUCAAACGUGUAUGAUAUUUUAUAUAGUGCUAUCGUCUAUCUGUCUGUCUGUCUGUCUGUUAAGGCAAUCUAAAAAAUAAAUAAAGGUGAGUUGGAAGCCGAAUGAAUUUGUAGCUUCUUGCUGUUCUAGUGAGGUAACGUCGCUGCUAUCACAUUGUUUUAGUACAAUUCAUUUGUUAUUUAUUGAAUCAGCGAAUCGUCAGAGUCAUUCUUCUAAAGAGAGCCAGGACGACCACAUCUGUCAGCUUAAAGCUCAGUAUCCAACCAUGCCACUCCAGUUUGUGUACACUGACCAGGAAUUUGUCACAGAUGUCUGUCGGAGCAGUGGACCCAGUUCCAGGACGUCACCGGUACCAGCAAAGUUUGACACACUGCUCCAAACUGGCUGGACAAAGAGGAUGGAGGCGGGACUUUUUCGCUACACUCUAGGGGCUUUACAAACCCAUAUCAUGCCUGGUUCGCAUAACUAUGUGGCACAAUUAAAUGUUCAAAGAGGAAGUGAGAAAAGGAAGCCACAGGAGAUACUGAGCAUUAGGCAGGAAUUUAAUCCCAGACAGUUUAAUUUUAACAAAAUAAAUCCGGAGGAAGUUAUAUUUGAGAUGGUUAAGGUCACAGAAAGACACCCAGAUUUGCACAAUGGCGAGGAGGCGCCUCAGCCCAGUAGGAUGACUGUACUUGUCAAUGUCAGUCCUUUGGAGUUUGGACAUUGUCUCUUAGUUCCAGACCCUCUGAGCUGUCUGCCACAGAUUCUGACACCGUUCACCAUUCAGGUUGGAAUAGAGUCUGUGCUCCUGAGCUCAGACACUGGCUUUCGUGUGGGUUUCAACAGUUUGGGAGCAUUUGCGUCUGUCAAUCAUUUACACCUACAUGGCUACUACAUGGGCCGCGAGCUCAAGAUAGAAUCGAGACAGGCCGAACCACUGGUUCCUGAAAAGGGGUUUUAUCGCUUCUUAGACUUUCCUGUGGGGUUUCUGUUUUAUACAGAAUCAGAACAAGUGGAGGAAGUCUCCCGAGCUGUGUGUGAGGUGACAGACCUUCUGGUGGCUGCUAACGUCGCACACAACUUGUUCAUGACUAGAGGAUGUCCUCCCCAUGAUGGGAUGCAAGAUAAAGACGAUCUCAGUUUGAGGAGAGGCGUCCGUAUCAUUGUGUGGCCCAGGCUGUCGUGUUUUGGUGUCAAAGAAGACUCUGCCUUUAAUGUUGCUCUUUGUGAACUGGCUGGACAUUUGCCAUUUAAGAACAAAAGGGACUUUGAGUGCUACACUGAGAAAGAUGUCUCUGAUAUCAUUCAAAAGUAUCUUCUGCCGGACGAUGAGAUGAAAGCUUUAGAACAGCAGCUUGUUUUGCUUUUGAAGGACAGUUAAUGGAUUAAAGCCUUCAGAAAUGACAGACUACUCACAAACACUACUGUUACUUUUGUUUUAAAAUAUGUACAGUGCACGGUACUACUAAAUACA